GAUGCUAGCUCAGCUGGUUGGUUUAUUGUACCAUCCAGUCCGCCUGAAUUUUGCCGCAAAGGAAACUGAAUCGAUACCAUUUUAAAACGUGCAACCAAGGAGCGGGAGAGACAACGAUGUAGUCGCUUACUGUUCGAUUUCUUUCUUAGCUGUUUGUUGAUUUAGUGCGUGUGUUAUGUUUAGCAUUAUUCUCUGUUUUCAUUGCCGCACCCACCACAUUCAUUUUUCAUUGUGGACUAGCUAGCGACCGUUUGCUGGGAGCUAACCGGAGCAGCAGGUGUAACGUUAUUUUGAAGAACCAACUAGCAACCACCGAGCAUCGCUGUUGUCUCAAAUUGCUAAUUUGAAAUCAUAUUUUGAUCAGCUCCGAGAUUUAUGCCACAUCUUUACAAUCGUUACAGCCCAGUAACGUUAAUCGGUUAGCCCGUUAACGGUCAUCAUGACAGGUGAGAAGAUACGCACCAUGCGAAAGGACCACAACAAACCAAACAAAAAUGAGGAGAUAAUGGACACGUACGAUGAGACAUCAAACGGGACUAUCCCUAACGGUACCAGCAACCAUUUCAAGUCCAACAAGGCUUUUCAGAAAGCAGUCAAAUCCUCGGCACUGCAGCAGCAACAGCAGCUCAACGCGAACAACAUCAACGGCAAUCCAUCAUCGGUUGGCACCAUCGUUAAUGAUAACAACAAGAAUCCCAUUAUCCUGACCAGUGAGGACUUGGAGUUCCCAGUUCAUGAGUGCGUGUUCAAGGGAGAUGUGCGUCGGCUCUCCUCUCUCAUCAGGACCCACAGCAUCUCCCAGAAAGAUGUACAUGGGAACACGCCUCUUCACCUGGCUGUGAUGAUGGGCCAUAAAGAAUGUGCCCUCCUUCUACUGGCCCAUAACGCUCCUGUAAAGAUCAAGAACGCACAGGGAUGGAGCCCGCUAGCAGAAGCCAUCAGCUAUGGUGACAGGCAAAUGAUCACAGCAAUACUGCGGAAGUUGAAGCAGCAAUCCAGGGAGAGUGUGGAGGAUAAGAGGCCAAAAUUACUGAAAGCUCUCAGGGAGCUUGGUGACUUUUAUCUGGAGCUGCACUGGGACUUUCAGAGCUGGGUGCCUUUGCUGUCCCGGAUGCUGCCGUCGGAUGCUUGUAAAAUCUACAAGCAGGGAAUAAAUAUCAGACUUGACACCACUCUCAUAGACUUCACUGACAUGAAGUGUCAGCGUGGAGAUCUUAGCUUCAUUUUCAACGGCGAUGCUGCACCCUCCCAGUCCUUUGUGGUUCUGGACAAUGAAGCAAAAGUGUACCAAAGAAUACACCACGAGGAGUCAGAGAUGGAGACUGAAGAGGAGGUGGAUAUUCUGAUGAGCAGUGACGUCUACUCUGCAACUCUGUCCACCAAGUCCAUCACUUUCUCUCGUAGUCAAAUCGGCUGGCUGUUCAGAGAGGAUAAAACAGAGAGGGUUGGAAACUUCCUGGCUGACUUCUACGCAGUGAACGGUCUGGUGCUGGAGUCGCGGAAACGGCGAGAACACCUCAGUGAGGAGGACAUCUUGAGGAACAAAGCCAUCAUGGAGAGCUUGAGUAAAGGAGGCAGCAUCAGUGAACAAAACUUUGAGCCUGUGAGGCGACAGUCCCUCACAGCUCCUGCACCCAACACGAUUUCUUGGGAAGAGUACAUCACCGCAGAGCACGGAAAGCCACCUCAUCUUGGAAGAGAGCUCGUGUGUAAGGAAAGCAAGAAGAACUUCAAAGCUACUGUAGCCAUGAGCCAGGAUUUCCCUCUAGGCAUCGAGUCGUUAUUAAACGUGUUGGAGGUCAUAGCCCCGUUCAAGCACUUCAACAAACUCCGGGAGUUCGUUCAGAUGAAACUUCCGCCUGGGUUUCCAGUCAAACUCGACAUCCCCGUCUUCCCCACGAUCACAGCCACCGUCACCUUUCAGGAAUUCCGCUACGACGAAUUUGAAGAGUCGACUUUCUUCAUCCCCGCUGAAUACAAAGAAGAUCCCAGUCGCUUCCCUGACCUUUGACUUGUAAACUCAUCUGACGCAAACAGGAAAUGACCAGCAGGCUAAUGUGUUUAAGAGUUGGGAUAUUAUACAAAUGAGGAAUCCUGUAUUUUAUUCCUAUAUAUGUUAUCCGUUAAAAAAAAGGGAACUGGUCUUAUUGAUCAGUUAUUGUUAAUUUUCGCUGAUGGAUCCAAAGCAAAUCAAUGCAAACAGAUGUUAAAGAGCGCCAUCUAACAUAUAGAUGCAUAUCGGCAGUCAUUUUAUUGUGAAAUGAGUGAUAGCUUUCAUUGUAAUUGCUGUUCACCCCCUGAGUGGCUCAACGCGCUGCUCUGUGCUGCUGUUCUCUCCUGUGAAAGCUGUCAGAAGACACGGCCUGGACUCUUUAUCAUCACUGUUUUAAUACCUACUUUUAUCUCCUCAUGUCCAAGGACUGAUUACUGCACCGACACCGUGAUCUGUAAAAAAAUUCACGUCUCAUCUGUAAUUCAUAAAAAAAGAACCACAAAUAUAUCCUGAGCUUAAUAUUCAUUUAUAAAUGAUGUACUAUAUAUAUAUAAAUAUAUAGAAACUAUAUAUAAACUCAAAGAAGUAACACUGUGUAGCAAUACAUUUCCAGUACGUAAGAAUGUUUUUAACCAGCUGGGAGAAGGUUUAGCAUAAAAACACAUUCUUCUUAACAGUUCGAUAUCCAAGCCUUUUCCCCUGUGCAGGACGCGGUCUCCUGUGUUUUCAGGUUAGCUCAUGUUACCUCUCGCCUGUCUCCAUGUUUGUCGUGAUAGUACGAAUUCUGUGCUCGGUGUGAGUGAAUUAACUGUACUGUACCAAGGGUUGUUGUAUGUGCGUUUGUGUGUGGGAGAACCCAGAUGGGAUAUCAGGUAAACUGUUCUUAGUUUAAUACUGCACUGAUAUUAAGUAUAUUUAAGGCAUGCUACUGGCUGUGUUGGCCUACCAGAUCACAUGCAUCUUUAAGAUAUAUCUGAGCGUUUGUUAUAUUACCUGCAGAUUUAUGGGUAUUAGGAUUAAGGAAAAACUGACAAUUGUAACACUAACACUUUGGAACACCUUUUAGUGCUUAUAAAAAAAAUCUCUCCUUGAUGGUAGUCUGCGCAUAUUUCUCCUGUUUUCUUUUUAAUCCGAGGAGAGUAAACUAAGCUGUGAAGUUGAUAUUUGCUGGAUAUCCCGAAACUGUCCGGAUGGGAAACAAUCUGAUCCACUGAGUUGUCUCUAGCUUCAGCUGAUAUGUACUGCAACCAUACCUACUUCACUUCCCUUUAAAUAAAGCACCAGCAUCAUGUUUCAACUGACUUUGUGCAACUAUAAUAAAAAGAAAGUAUUCUAUACGAGGCUUCCA